AUGGCUGAGCCUUUGGUUCCUCUCCCUGUGAUUGAGAAGCUCAGCAGUCGUGUUAUCAGAGUUCUAGGAGGAAAUCCGAGCAAGUUUACGCUACAGGGUACAAAUACAUAUAUUGUGGGAAAUGGUUCACAGCGCAUCCUCAUAGAUACUGGCGAAGGCAAGCCAGAAUGGAUCGCCUCCAUCAAGUCCGUCCUGAAGAACGAGAACAUCAGCAUCGACAAAGCACUCUUGACCCACUGGCAUCACGAUCACAUCCAAGGCGUUCCUGACCUCGUAUCGCACUCGCCCAGCACUCAAAUCUACAAGCACGAGCCACACGACGACUGGCUGGACAUACGCGAUGGACAAACGUUCAAGACAGACGGGGCAACACUGCGCGCCUUUCAUUCUCCCGGCCACACGACCGACCACAUGGCCUUCAUUCUCGAAGAAGAAGACGCCAUGUUCACCGCCGACAACGUCCUCGGCCAAGGCACCGCCGUCUUCGAAGACCUCGCCGCCUACAUGAAGAGUCUAGACAGCAUGUCGCACGCCUUCAGCGGCCGCGCCUACCCAGGCCACGGCCCCGUCAUCGCCCACGGGCCCGCCAAAAUCCUAGAAUACAUACAGCACCGCCAGCAACGCGAGCGGCAAGUGCUAGACGUCUUGGCAACCGAAAGACCAGGCGGGUGGACGAGUAUGGAUAUCGUCAGCGUGAUUUACAAGGACUAUCCGCGCAAUCUUUGGGAGCCGGCAGAGAGGGGGGUGCUGCAGAUUUUGGACAAGUUGAAGGCAGAGGAUAAGGUGAGGUAUGAUGAGGCCAAGGGGACGUGGGAGUUGAGUGGUAGGGGGAGUGCGGUUGUUGCAACCUGUGAGAGAUGA